AUGGUUAAAGAUUCGGAUAAAGACAUUUGGAAUGCUAGAACUAUUGAACGACUUUCAGAGCUUACAACUAAAAGUAGUUCUACCGAAAGUUAUAGCAUAACUAGCACUCCAGUCAAACGAGAAUCCCCAAACAUAGUCAAUAAAAAUAUAGGAAAAAAAUAUAAGGCUUCAUCGUUACCGGCUUCUCCAAAUAAAACUAACGCUUUACAAAGACGGGUAUUAGAGCAGCCAAAAAUAAACACGUUAAAUUCUGCUAAUAACAUUGGUGGUUCGCCUACAAAGGAUCGUAAAACAAAUAAUUUCUCAAAAAAGAGCAACACCAUUAGUUCAACGACGCUAUUUGAUUUUUUUGGUCGUAAAAAGGAAUCGAACGGCAGUCCAAAUAUCAGAAAAGGUACUCUAAAAGAAAAAUUAGAAAAUGAAGCAAUCAACAUAAUAACGUCCAAAUAUUGGAAUUCAUCUGAUCCAACAACCACUCUUAAAUUGGAAAUUGUUGACUCUAAUAACAAAAGUGAUUCAAAUACUCCGUGUGAUAACGAUAAUGGAAAAAAUAUCUUUGAUGAUGAUGACAGCCAGUGUAAGGAUGAAACUCCCUAUAAAGAUGAAAUUAUUCAACAAUUACGUGUUAACCCUCAAUAUAUUCGAAAAUUGCCCAUGAACGAAGAGGUUGCCAUUGAUAAGACUGAUACUACACGAUACCUUCAUACUGGUGAUUUUCGGGCAUGUCCACGUCAAGUGCUUCAUUCAGCGAUAGCACAACCUGAUAAUCCGCCAAUAGAUAUUUUAUAUCUUGACACUACUUAUUUGAAUGGACGAUAUUGCUUUCCAGCUCAAGAACAAGUUGUUAAUGCUAUCAUAUUAUUGAUCAAAGAAGCUAUCAAGAAUGGUGGAUUACUUCCUUUGAAACGCACGAAGACUAUAAAAGAGCAAGAGGAUAAAUCGCAGAUGGUAUUGGAUCAAUGGUUCAAAGGAAAGUCAAAAGAAGCGUCGAUAAAUCCAGAUUCAGAUUUAAACCAAGAAGAUUCUAUAGAGAUUUUAGACACAAAUUUAUCCACUGCUAGUAUGAAUAUCGAUGAAACUGAACAGAAAUGUGUUGGCUUGCAAGAUAGUAAAAUUCUGAUCGUCGUUGGCACUUAUUUGAUCGGUAAAGAGAAG